AUUCAGUGCAUCCCCACUCAGAAUCUUAGAAUAUCAAUCACUCCGAUUCCUGUUGGUUGUUCUCUCAAGUCUCAACUCCCACCCCUCCUCUUUGACUUUUCUAUCAGAAGAGCUUGUUGGAGUUGAAAACUGAGAAGAAAACAUGGCAGCACAAGGGCCUGUGGUAGUAGCAUCACUUCUAAUUUUCUGUUUAGCUGGAAGUUGCUAUGGGAAGGUUCACUUCUCUUCCUUGAAAAGAACCCUUGAUGUCACUGCUUCCCCCAAGCAGGAACAAGUUCUGGAGGCUGGAUUAGACAAAAUCACAGUGACAUGGGCAUUGAACAAGACCUUACCCGCGGGGACAGACUCUGCCUACAAAACCAUAAAGCUGAAGCUAUGCUACGCGCCCAUUAGCCAAAAGGACCGCGCGUGGAGAAAGACCGAGGACGAGCUGAAAAGGGACAAGACCUGCCAGCACAAGAUCGUGGCCAAACCCUACGACGCUUCCAACAAGACCGUGCAGAGGUUCGAGUGGCUGGUCGAGCGCGACGUGCCCAAAGCCACGUACUUUGUACGCGCCUACGCGUUCGACUCCAACGACGAGGAAGUGGCUUACGGCCAGACCACCGACGCCAAGAAGAGCACCAACUUGUUCGAGAUCAACGCUGUCAGCGGGCGCCACGCCUCCCUUGACAUCUGCUCCAUUUGCUUCAGUGCUUUCUCCGUCGUGUCCCUCUUUGUCUUCUUUUAUAUUGAAAAGAGAAAGGGAAAGGCUUCUUCCUCAAAGUGAUGAUUAUUGAAUCACACCAGAAAAACGUGCCAGGUUUACAUUUCAUGGUCAUUAAUAAAUCAUGAGCCACCUGUUUUUCCCUCCCAUAAUAGUCGCUUAUCUUUAGUACAACUAAAUUUCACGUCAACAUUGUGAAGCAUGAUGUCCCCCUAAAGCUGUAAUAUGAGGGAAAGAGCAGAUAUUUUAUGUAUGUGAUUAGGACAUGACUAUUAGUGUAAAAUUACUUGCUGCAUGUUUGUUUAUCAUGAUGCAUGCUUCUUAUUAAUCUUUACAUAAUACAAAGUGUUAUUUAUCCUUUUUCCUAAA